GACGACUGGGCGCCUCACCAACAAAGACCUGGCCAAGCUGUUCGAGGACCAGGCUACCUACGCCACGGGCUCAGAGAAGUUCACUGAGACGUUCAUCAAGGCAGCUUCGACGGUGUGGGAGCGCCUUUUGACUCCGCCUGGGCCGCGCGCUGUCCUGAUGGCGCUCGACGACGCUUAUGGGUUGGCUAAUCCUCUGAACUCAGUCUAUGUGAUGGAAGCCUUCGCCCAGAAAACUAAGAAUGGUGUGAUGUUGUUGUGGACCCUGCAUGGCGUGCAGGAUUGCUUGGAUUGCACGCUCACGACGCCUGGCGAGCUGAACAACAGGGCGCUGACUGGCAAGAACGCGGGCGGCAAGGGCCUGAUCGACCUCUUGAUGUUCAAGAAGGAGUGCGGCGAUUUCCUGAUCCAGUGGAUGGAGAGGAACCGCAUUGACAAGGCGACCAUGGAGUUGCUUCGCCCGGUCACGUCGCCAACUCUGAAGGCUUCAGACUGACCAGGCGGCAAAUCAAUCUUUCAAUCCUGCUUAAGCACCAG